UUCUCUCUUCUCUUUCUCGGUUUCCCCAUUUUCUGUCUAGACAACCACACCAACAAACAAAUCUAAAAGCUUUGUCCGAAUUGGCUCUGUCUCAAAAAUGAGAUUCUUAAAUUAGCCACAACGAUCUUUAGAGCCUUCGCUCAACGAUCUCUGAAACCCUGGUUUGGUCUCUUCUUCUUCGUGUUGUUUUGUAUGAGUAUGUCGCAGUCGUACUAUGAAAACAAAUCCAAUAACAUAAUGGAGGAAGGAAAGGUUGCUGUCCAAAGUUCGCGAGGAUCGAGAUCGUCUUCACCUAAUGAGGUAGCUGAGGAUAGAGGUGAGAAUCAGUUGGUGGUUUAUGACUUGAAAGGAAAUGAUACUGAAGAAGAAGUUCUACCGAUUCAAUCUCAGCUUCCGUCAUCCAGAACACAGUGUCCCUCUAUUGGGGCUUUUACGGUUCAGUGUGCAAGUUGUUUCAAAUGGAGACUUAUGCCUUCCAUGCAGAAGUAUGAAGAGAUUAGGGAACAACUUCUUGAAAACCCGUUUUUCUGUGAAACAGCACGUGAAUGGAAGCCAGAUAUUUCUUGCGAUGUUCCUGCUGAUAUCUAUCAAGAUGGAACUCGUGUUUGGGCUAUUGAUAAGCCGAAUAUCUCUCGCCCACCCGCUGGAUGGCAACGUUUAUUGCGGAUUAGAGGUGAAGGAGGUACCAGAUUUGCCGAUGUCUAUUAUGUUGCUCCUUCAGGGAAGAAGCUUCGAUCAACUGUGGAGGUCCAAAAGUACUUGAACGACAACCCCGAAUACAUGAGUGAAGGGGUGAAACUUUCACAGUUCUCGUUCCAAAUCCCGAAACCGCUGCAGGAUGACUAUGUGAGGAAGCGCCCAGCUCGACUAGUGGAUUCCAUCGAUAAUACAAACACCCAUGUAGCUAAAGAAGCUAAUCCACUAGCAUGGAUCUCUCCAGAUGAUCAUAUAGCGUUGCAGCUAGGUACGCCAACCGAGUCUGGACUUUACAAUUCACAUGAUCAACCAUCGAAAAAGAGAAAAACAUCAAAGCUAUCGAUCUUUGGCGCCAACGACGAACUUGCUGAUAGAUAAUCUAGCUAGACAAGAGUGAGCUAUCAUCUUCUCUGGUAUAUAAACCGUCUUCUAUCUUUGUUUUUUGGGUUUGUUUUAUCGAAGAAACUGAGAGCAUGUGGUUAGCUUGUUUUGUUGUGUAUACCAUCUAUUUUGUUUUGCAGUGUAAGAUACUUUCUAUGAAGAAGAUGGGCCCUUUUGGUUUUUGCUUCCAAAUUACUGGAUUUCAUGGAACUUGAAGUUAAUGUUUUUAAACCUAAAAUUUGAUUA